AUGAACAAUGAUGGGCGAGAACAUGACUCGGAACUGUCAACUCUAGCAACCACCAACUGGGAGCCAGAACGCACUGCGCUGGAAUAUCCAGAGGGCGGCACCACCGCCUGGGUGGUCGUAGCUGGCGCAUCCAUGAUGCUUGCCUGCACAUUCGGCAUGAUGAGCACGGUCGGAGUGCUCCAAUCAUAUUGGGAAACCCACCAACUCAAGAAUUACACAUCAAGCACAAUAGGAUGGAUCCCAUCGAUCUUUAUAUUCCUGAACCUCGUGCUAGGCCUUCAGGUUGGGCCGAUGUUCGACCGAUACGGGCCUCGAUGGAUCAUGCUCGUCGGCUCCGUGUGUUAUACGCUUUGCAUAUUUUUACUUGGAUCCUGUGAGGAAUAUUAUCAGUUCAUGAUAUGUCUGGCCUUUGGUGGUGCAAGUAGUGCGCUUGUUUCGACACCUGGAAUGGCCAUACUGUCGCAUUGGUUUUGCCGAAGGCGCGGCACUGCAACUGGCAUUGCCAUGGCGGGCUCGAGUCUUGGGGGAAUCACAUUUCCUUUAAUUUUGAGGAAGACGUUGGAAAAAGUUGGAUGGGGGUGGGCACUGAGGAUCUUGGGGUUGAUCAUCUUCGUGUUACUUGCGAUUGGAAAUAUUUGUGUGAGAAGCCGGCUUCCAAUGAAAGCUAGAAAGGGAAUUCUUGACUUGCGCUGCUUUACGGACUCCAGAUUUAUAUGGACUACUGUCGGGGCUUUCUUCAGUGAGAUUGUCUUGUUCGCUUCUUUGGGAUUAAUACCGACAUACGCAAUAUCUCAGGGCUUUGGCCCAGAGACUGGCGUCUAUCUCUUGGUUGUGUUGAAUACUGGAUCUGCUUUUGGGCGAUGGUUAUCAGGAACGGCUUCCGACUACUGGGGCCGCUUCAAUACCAUGACAGUCAUGAUGGCAAUAACAACUGUUUUCAUAUUUGUUUUGUGGUACCCGUUCGGUCAUUUCAUCGGCGUCCUUUACCCUUUCGCUUUUCUUCUCGGUUUUGGGACCGGGAGUAUACUCAGUCUCACACCAGUCUGUGUUGGCCAAAUAUGCGGAACCGAAGAGUUUGGCCAAUGGUUUGGAACAUGCUAUUUUGUUGCGAGCUUUGGAACCCUCAUUGGUAUUCCAAUUGGUGGACAGUUGCUCGAUGUUGCAGGGCCUUCGCGAUUGAUCGCUUUCCUCGGCGGUAUACUCGGUUUGGCCUGUAUGAGCUUUGUUGUAGCACGUUGGGCAUGUCUGGAGUAUCACUGGAACUGGCAGGCGAAGGUCUGA